AUGAAUGACCAUCUUCCCAGGAAGGCAUCUUCUCCUGCCAUUCAUCUCUGUCUACAGCAAGGAUUGAGACUGCAGAGUCCCUGUGUUUACCAAAAUGCACAAACAGGACAUCCAGAAAUCUGCUGUCAGCAGGUCUCUCCUGAAGCCCUCAGCAGCUGUCUUCGCAUAAAGAUGUUCAUAAGCAGGUUAAAGGUGUGGCUGCCCGUGACAUUGCUGUCUGUCUGCUUUCAAGCCCAGACCACCUACUGGAAUGUAGAUGGGCUGGGUCAUCAGGAACUUGUGCGUCCAUCUCAGGGAGACCUGGCCUUCAGAGAUGACAGCAUUCGGCCUCAGGAGGAGCCUGUGAUUUGCCCUCGGUCUUCCAAGUUUGUGCUGCCUGUGGGGAUACAGCACAGUAAGGAGCUAAACAGAACCUGCUGCCUGAAUGGGGGAACCUGCAUGCUGGGGUCCUUUUGUGCCUGUCCACCUUCCUUCUUUGGAUGGAACUGUGAGCACGAUGUGCGCAAAAAGAACUAUGGGUCUGUGCCCCAUGACACGUGGCUUCCCAAGAAGUGUUCCCUGUGUAAAUGCUGGCAUGGUCAGCUCCGCUGCUUUCCUCAGACAUUCCUACCUGGCUGUGAUGGCCUUGUGAUGGAUGAGCACCUCAUGGCUUCCGGGACUCCAGAACUACCACCGUCUGCACGUACCCCUUUGAUGCUAGCUGGCAUCUGCCUUUCUAUAGAAAGUUACUAUUAAUUGACAUUGACCUAUUUCCAGAAAUACGAUUUUAGAUAUCAGGCAAAUUUCAUGACCAGUAAAGGUUGCUGCUACAAUGUCCUGUCUGAAAGAUGAUCAUUUGUUAGUUGCCUUAAAAUAAUGAAUACAUUUCCAAAAUGGUCUCUAGCAUUUCCUUACAGAACCGACUACUUCUUACCUCUUUGCCCCCCUUCCACCCAAAAACGACGUCUUUUUUCAAAAGAAAGUCAGCCGUAUCUCCAUUGUGCCUAAGUCCAGUGUUUCUU